AUGGAACAACAUUUGAAACUCACUAAAAACAACGACAACCCUGAGGUUGAUGCUUCACAAUAUCGGAGCAAUCCUCGACAGUCUCAUAUGAAUGCUGCCAUGAGAGUUUUACGUUACUUAAAUUCCACUCCUGGAAAAGGUUUACUGUUGCCUUCAUCUGGAAUUUUGACUCUUGAAGCCUACUGUGACGUCAGUUGGAUGAGUUGUCCCUCUACUAGGCGUUCAUGUAUAGGUUAUUACAUCAGUGUUGGAGGUGCUCCAAUUUCAUGGAGAACAAAGAAGCAAAAUGUGGUGUCUCGUUCUUCUGCUGAGUCAGAAUAUAGGGCUAUGGCUACUACCGUUUAUGAAAUUCAUGGUUGA